CCCGCCGUCGUUGUCUUUGAACGGUGCUCUUACAUCAUCCUUCCUUCUCCACUCCUCACUCCAUUCCUCACUCCGUACUCCUCAUUCCUCACUCCUCUUCAUUAAUCCCACUCUUGCAUUCGCCUUUUGCCACAAGACAUUUGCCAUUUCUUUCAUCCCUCUUCACAUUUUCCUGAACAACGCAACAUAAAUCCCAGCAUUUUGUCAUUUAAAUAUUCAUUUUGAAAGUACCUCGACAAUUCCCUACUCUCCACGUUAAUGGGGUACGCAGAAACCUUUUUGACUGAAAGGCCGCAAGAUGGUCUUGACGCAGUCCAGGCACGCCUUCGAAGAGGCAAGGCACUCCAUGAACAGUUUGCCAAUUACUUCAAAGAACGUGCGCACAUCGAGGACAUGUAUGCCAAGAACAUAAGCAAGGCGUUCCAGAAGCACUUUGUCACUGAUACACAAGCGCUCGGCACGUUUACAGCACCAUGGGAGAAACUGAAUGCAGAGACUGUGGAGUUGGCAACGCUGCACGGUCAACUGUCGCUGAGAAUUACGAACGAAGUUGAGCGCCCGCUAAGGGACUUUGCAAAAACUAAUUCAGAGUGGCAAAACUUGUCCCUGGCUGAGACCAAUUGCAAUCGGAUUGCAAAGGAAUUUGAUGAGAAGCAGGUCAAAGUUGCAAAGUAUACCAAGGCCGUUGAGAGGGUCUCGGGAAAGAAAGCAGAGGCUGCAGAGCAAAAGCUGAUAGAUUACACUAAGCAGCUCGAAAGUACGAGGACUGCAUGGCGAUUAGAAGGCCCUGUUAUUUUGCAGAAAUACCAAGCAGUGGAUCAGAGUCGACUCGAUAAUUUGAAGCAGGUCGUGUCUGCAUUCGAGGCUAUCCAAACAGAGGUCAUGCUUCAGAUCGUGGAGAUGUCUAGCCGUACAUCCACAUCAACGUCAGAAUUUGAUCCAAUCAUGGAUAUCGAGCUCUUUGCAUCCGAAAUAUCCAUCAACAUGCACACACUCGAGCCUCAUGAUGGUACAUCCGUCGUUUCUGCCACUUCACACUUAGGCAACGGAGAUACUAUAGGAAGCGUGGAGCCUCGCAGAUCAAAUGGCACGCAUACCAGAGGCUUGACUGGAGGCAGCCAAAUGAGCAACGUGUCCUACUCAACAGAUCGCUCGGUUGCACAGUCAAAGGCUACAAGUAUUGAUCAGGCUAGGGCAGUAGAUACUCAGCAGGAGCAUAUGCGAUCAGGAUCGACCGUGCUUGGGAGUGCAGUUGAUGUUCCGACAAAUCAUGUCGAUUCCGAAGGGUUCAGUAUUCCACCUCCAGACCAGGGGCCAUGGUCAGAUGGUGGUAUGAGCAGUACUUAUGAUGACGAGCGAUCGGAGACCAGCAGUUUCUCACAAGCACCAAAAAUGCAGAUGGAAAUUAAGCAGGAUCUGGUCUCUGAGAGCAACGAUGAAGCCCGCGCUGCCCUGGAGAGGGUUACCUCCACUCUGAAACAGACAAAGACUGUCAGUCGCCGACACCCUGGACGACGAGAGGUUAGGAGUAUGUAUCAGUCUGAGGACUCGUUGUCUGGAUUCAACUCGUAUCAGUCAUCGCCCUUGUCCACGACAUUCUCAGCCGACUCUACCACACCCUCCUCCGUGAGCUCUCCAGGGUCGCGAGGACUCUUUAACACCUCUGCUUCGCACAUUCAGACUUCCACAGCUUUCUCUCCCGCACCCUCUCGUGCUAACACCUUGGGGGUACCUUCUGCAUCAAGUCCAGUCCAGUCUCACUUUGGCAGCACUAUCCCUCCUACGCCACCAUUAACCCUCACGAAUGGCGCUAGCUCAGGAUCCACCGUGGCACCUGGAUCGAUUUCGACGGGCCAUCAGCACCUUGCUGCUGAGACUGAGUCUCUGCACACAGCUGGGACUUCUGCGCCUACUUCGCCCAUUACGGUCACUUCACCCAAUGGCGGUCUUCUGGCACCCGGAGGCCUAGAUCAGAAACGGACUUGGGUUGUCUCUGUGAUUGAAAAGGUUCAUGUCGCGACACAGGCCGGCGAGAUUUCCAAGAUGUUGGUGACGGGUGAGGUGAUCUUGGCGCAGGAAGGAGCUGAAUUUGAUCCUGAUCUACCCAAGAAAGCAUUGUUGCGACUGGACCAUUUGCAGGCACUGGAGAAGUGUAUACCGAAUCAAGUAUACUUGUCUGCGAAGGAAGCUGCCGAGGGAGCGUACUGGGUUGAUCUGGAGGCACUAUCGCGGGCUAUGCAGCAGAGCGGACUCGGUCUAGGACAGGGAGUGGUUGUGCUAAAAUACCAGGUCAGGACUACGCAGGAAGAGACCAGGCAUGCGAUGAUCCCGUUGUUGGUCCAUCCUGCGUGGAAGUGUGAGCCGCAUCAAACGUCGUUACUGAUCAAUUAUAAGGCGAAUGUGAAUUGUAAGCUGUCGCAGCAGCUGGGAUUAUCAUCAUCGGCGACUGAAGAUGGCAGCCACGCGACACCUCAAAAUGCGCAGUUGAGCGAGCUCUCGUUUUUGGUGCCAGUGUCGGGCGAAGUGGUUAAUGUGCAGUCGAGACCGACGGGUAUCUGGAACAGCGAUUCGAACAAGAUGUUUUGGGACGUGGAUAACGUGGAGAUGAGCAGUACGACUCCGGAGCCACGCAAGCUGCUGGCACGGUUCGAAUUGAACCCCUCGGGUGGACCUAGUAACCCUAGUCCAACUGCGGUUAAGUUCAGGGUGCAAGGCAGACUGUUGUCGGAUUUAAUGGUUCGGCUUGAGAAGGAGUGCGAAGGCGAGCAAGAGCAAGAGCAGGAGAGUGUUGCAUUUGGAUCCGUUAGGCUGCAGGUUCAGUCGGGCCGGUACCUGGCGACCGCAUGACAUGGUGGUUCCUCGUGAAAAACACAAUUGAGAAGGCCAAGAGUGGGUUCUGGUUCCCUGCAACCUGGUUCCUGGUGCCCCACCAAAUCCCUUUACAAAUAAAACGUAAUUUCUAAUGAGCAAACCGCCUAGAUCGGCUGUGCCCUAAUGCGCUUCCAGCUGCUUGUCACUGUUGAAGUGGAUAUGGAUAUGGUUCUGUUGAA